AUGAAUACAAUUAGUGGGGUUGUGGGCGGAGCCGCUCUAGGAGCCGCUUUGGAGCUGUUGUUGAUAUCAGUUGUCAUUCCCGUGUUACGGAAGUUGGCCUGUUUCAGCUCGGACGUCAACCGUUUGAGAUCAACUCUCCGCCUCAUCCAACCCAUCAUCAUCGUCGAACAUGAUGAGCUCGUCACUCGAGCAGAGAAUAUGGUGCACAGGUGUUCCCAGUUGAGAUGGUGGAGAUUUUUUAUGAGACUAUACUACUCUGUGAAGCUGAUCCAGCUGGAAGCUGAGCUGCUCGUCUUCUUGCAGGUGAAUGUUGUGGCCCUUAGUGUUAGUAGGGUGAGUCAGUUGGAGGAGAAAGUGGACGAGGCUAUUGGGAUACUAUUCAAGUUGUAUGCAGUCGCCAAUGAUGGGGAUAUUGUUCGUGAUUGCGUCUUAUCCGUGUCUCCCGAUUCUACUUAA